UGUGUUUCCCCUCAGGCUUCGGCCGGUGUCUCGUGUAUAAAAAUACCAAAUGCACUUUGAGACGUUACACAAACCAAACCUUUGAUAAAGUGAUGGGCCCGAUGCUCGACGCCGCCACCCGGAAACCCAUCUGGAGGCACAACAUCCUGGACGCCGACGGCAUCUGCUCCCCCGGUGAGAAAGUAGAAAACAAACAGGUGUUGGUGAACAAGUCGAUGCCAACUGUGACCCAGACACCACUGGAGGGCAGCACCCAACCCGGACAGCCCCAGUACAGAGACGUGCCCAUCAGUUACAAAGGGUCCACAGACUCGUACAUUGAGAAAGUGAUGAUCUCGUCCAACGCUGAAGACGCCUUCCUCAUCAAGAUCCUCCUCCGACAAACCAGAAGACCUGAGAUCGGAGACAAGUUCAGCAGCAGACACGGGCAGAAAGGUGUUUGCGGCCUGAUCGUCCCGCAGGAGGACAUGCCCUUCUGUGACACUGGCAUCUGCCCUGACGUGAUCAUGAACCCUCACGGAUACCCCUCCAGAAUGACGGUGGGUAAACUGAUCGAGCUCCUGGCGGGGAAGGCGGGCGUGUUGGACGGGCGCUUCCACUACGGCACGGCGUUCGGAGGGAGCAAAGUGAAGGACGUGUGCGAGGACCUGAUCCGCUACGGGUACAACUACCAGGGCAAAGACUACGUGACGUCGGGCAUCACCGGAGAGCCGCUGGAGGCGUACAUUUACUUUGGACCCAUCUAUUACCAGAAACUGAAGCACAUGGUGUUGGAUAAAAUGCACGCGAGAGCUCGAGGGCCGCGGGCCGUCCUCACCAGGCAGCCGACUGAGGGCCGCUCGAGGGACGGGGGCCUCCGUCUGGGGGAGAUGGAGAGGGACUGUCUGAUCGGUUACGGGGCCAGUAUGUUGCUGCUGGAGCGACUCAUGAUUUCCAGCGACGCGUUUGAGGUGGACGUGUGUGGACAGUGCGGCCUGCUGGGAUACUCGGGCUGGUGUCACUAUUGUAAAUCUUCAUGUCACGUGUCGACCCUGAGGAUCCCGUACGCCUGCAAACUUCUGUUCCAGGAGCUUCAGUCCAUGAACAUCAUCCCCCGCCUCAAACUGUCGCGCUACAACGAAUGAAUCUUCCAGAAGAACCAGGAGAGUGAGUCCUGCAGAAGAACAAACGAGUCCUGCAGAAGAACAAACGAGUCCUGCAGAAGAACAAACGAGUCCUGCAGAAGAACAAACGAGUCCUGCAGAAGAACAAGUUCUCCAGGAAACAUCUUGAGGAGUUCAUUGUUUUUCAGUGGAUAGAUUUAUUUCUGCACUGAAGAGAACAGAGUUAAAAUAAUGUUCUGUUGAAAUGUAAAGUUCUGUUUUUUCCAGUUUAUUUUUGUUUUGUGUAAAUAAUAAAUGUUCAUGUUUGAA